UUAUAAUGCAGUGAUUUAUGUUCUGCUCUGUAUCAGACACAAUGGCGACAUCACCCCCAUCCAAGAUAUCCAAGGCCAACACCACCUUCGCUCUGGACCUUUUCAAAAAGCUCAGUGAUGCCGACAAGACCGCAAAUAUCUUCUACUCCCCCUUCAGCAUCUCUUCAGCCCUGGCUAUGGUGAUGCUGGGGACCGGGGGCAACACAUCCUCACAGAUGUCAGAGGUCCUGCGUUUUACUGAGAAAGGGCAACCAGAGCAGACAGGAGCAGAGACAAUGCAGUCGCAGAUGCAGUCGCAGAUGCAUCAGUCCACCAUUCUGCCGGAGUGUGUGCGCAAGUUCCUGCCACCUCAGAAUGAUGAAGAGGAUGUCCACGCAAGCUUCUCCAAACUAAUGAGUAAGCUCAUCAAGGACGACGCUCCGUAUGCCCUCAGCCUUGCCAACAGGCUUUACGGAGAGCAGUCCUACCAGUUUGUUGAGCAUUUCUUAGCAGAAACCAAAAAGCACUACGGCGCUGAUCUGGAGUCUGUGGACUUCAAAGCCAGCGCAGAAGCAGCCAGGGUCAACAUCAACAAAUGGGUGGAGGAUCAGACUCAAGAUAAAAUUAAGAAUCUGCUUGCCAAGGGUGUGGUGGGUAGCCUGACCACGUUGGUGCUGGUCAACGCCAUCUACUUCAAAGGGAAAUGGGAGACACAGUUCAAGAAGUAUUCUACUGUUGAUGCUCCGUUUAAAAUGAACAAGAAUGACACUAAAUCGGUGAAGAUGAUGGAACAGACCAGUAAAUUUGGUCUCUCCUCAAUUCGCGAGGCCAACUGCCAGAUCCUGGAGAUGCCUUAUAAAGGGAAAGACCUCAGCAUGCUGAUCUUCCUGCCCAAUGAGAUCAAGGACGAGACAACGGGCCUUGAGAAGCUGGAGAAGGAGCUGACCUAUGAGAAAUUUGUGGAGUGGACUCGCUCAGACAUGAUGGGUAAAACUAAGGUGAACGUGAGGCUGCCUCGAUUCAAGAUGGAGGAGUCGUAUAGCUUGAAAGACAUCCUGAUCAGCAUGGGCAUGAUGGACGCUUUUGAUGUCACGAUGAGUGACUAUUCUGGCAUGUCCAAGGCAAACGACCUGGUCCUGUCAGCAGUCGUCCACAAGGCUUUUGUGGAUGUCAACGAGGAGGGAACUGAGGCUGCUGCUGCCACUGCUGGAGUCAUUUCAGUAACCUCAGUGCAAUUUCCGCCUGAGUUCCACGCAGACCACCCCUUCCUCUUCUUCAUCCGACACAACCCCUCCAUGAGCAUCCUCUUUGCCGGCCGAUACAGCUCCCCUGACUUCAAACACAAGACUUCCUGUGACGGAAAGACUCCUGAACACUCGAAGUCUAUCAGAAAAGUGUCUAACAACACCAUGGCAUCACCAACCCCUCUAUCCAAGGCCAACACCACCUUCGCUCUGGCUUUGCUCAAACAGCUAGGCGAUAACGACAAUGCCGCGAAUGUCUUCUACUCCCCCUUCAGCAUCUCCUCAGCCCUGGCUAUGGUGAUGCUGGGGACCAGGGGCAACACAUCCACACAGAUGUCAGAGGUGCUCUGCUUUACUGAGGCAGAUAAGUCGCGGCAUUGUGGAGGAGAGCAAAUGCAAAUGGGAAUGGAGCAGCAGCAGAAAGUCAACGCCAUGCUGCCACCAUAUCUGCGGAAGAUGUGCCUGAAAACCAAGGGCUUGCAGGAUGAGGUCCAUACGAGCUUCGCUGAACUGCUGUCAGAGCUGAACAGGGAAAACGCUCCGUUUGCCCUCAGUGUCGCCAACAGGCUGUACGGGGAGCAGUCCUACAAGUUUGUUGAGGAUUUCUUAGGGAAAACCAAGAAGCACUACAAUGCAGAGCUGGAGUCUACGGACUUUGUGAACAGCUCAGAAGUGGCGAGAGGCAACAUCAACAACUGGGUGGAGCAGAUGACACAAGGUAAAAUUAAGGAUCUGUUGGCCAAGGGAGUGGUGGACAGCAUGACCAGGAUGGUGCUGGUCAAUGCCAUCUACUUCAAAGGCAACUGGGACAAACAGUUUGAGGAGAGCAAAACUGUGGAUUCUCAGUUUAGACUCAACAAGAAUGGCACCAAACCAGUGAAGAUGAUGAACAUGAAAUCAAAGUUCCCUUUCACCUACAUCUCUGAAGCCAGCUGCCAGAUCCUUGCGAUGCCUUACAAAGGAAAGGAGCUCAGCAUGCUCAUCUUUUUGCCCAAGGAUAUAGAGGACAGUACAACAGGUCUGGAGAAGCUGGAGAAACAGCUGACCUAUGAAAACUUUACCGAGUGGACUCGUCCAGAGAUGAUGGAUAAUGUUGAGGUCAUGGUGGGGCUGCCUCGUUUUAAGAUGGAGGAGUUGUAUGAUCUGAAAAAUGUCCUGGUCAGCAUGGGCAUGGCAGAUGCCUUCGACAUGGCAAUGAGUGACUUCUCAGGCAUGUCCCCUGGAAACGACCUGGUUCUGUCAAAAGUUGUCCACAAGGCUUUUGUGGAGGUCAACGAGGAGGGAACUGAGGCUGCUGCUGCCACUGCUGCGAUCAUGAUGCUGCGAUGUGCCCCGAUGCGGCCAGAGCGCUUCGUUGCAGACCACCCCUUCCUCUUCUUCAUCCGACAUAACCCCUCCAUGAGUGUCCUCUUUGCUGGCAGAUACUGCUCCCCUGAGUGAGCUCUACAUAGUUAAGAGCAGUGGUUCUCAACUAAAGGGGGUGUAACCUCAUAAUGUAGAACGAUGAGUGGUGUUGGAUUUUUUUAAACUGUUGCUUCUGGUCUCCAUCAUUCCUUAUAUGAGUGAAUAAAAUAUUCUGUGUUAAUCCUGAUUAUUAGGUUUGUACACAGUUUGUGUUUUGCACCUAAUAUCUUCAGCCUUAAGACCUUGAUUACCUUAUGUCUGUAAUGGAAGUAUGGCCCUUUUUGCUGCAGCCUUACACCUUACCCUAUUUAAUCUAUACCAAUCACGUCUAAAGUCUAUAUCAUCUAAAACACCCUUUGCAAGAAUUGCCUUUAUCACAAUUUCCAUGUUGUUCAUUUUUUAACUGCCAGACCUGAACUAUACUUUUUAACACGUAAUUCUGCAAGAUUCUUGGCACUUUAUCUACAGAAAAUACACUUUCAGCAUUUUAUAUGUUCAGUUAACCAAAGAAAGAAUGGGAUUACAGCAUAUUUUCAGAUAGAUACGUAUGCAAAUUCUAAAUAUAUUCUAUAAAAAGCAAAAGCUUACAUGAGGGUUUAAACUGGUGUCGAAUCCAUGUCCUUUUUAUGUAUACUUGUGUUUUACAAAUGAAAUAAAAAAGUGUGCCGUUUCCAAA